AUGCGGAAAUGGCAGGAGGAGUGGGUUAUUUCCACCAAAGGAAGGUGGACUUAUAGACUGAUCCCUAAGAUCGAUGAGUGGCAGGAAUGGGGACCGAAGAUCUUAAAUUACCAUCUAACACAAGUGCUUACUGGGCACGGGUGUUUUGGUACUUAUCUUAAGGAGAUAGGUAAAGCGGACACCGAUGUUUGUUGGUUCUGCCAGGAUGCUACCGACGAUCCAGAACACUUUUUACUGAACUGCACUAGAUGGGAACGCCAAAGAAAGAAAAUGACCGAUGUAGUGGGUACUUUCGUGAUGGAGGACCUUGUUAAGAUACUGAAAGAGCCUGAAAAGAGGCCGCAUGUUAUGGAAUUCCUUGUAGCCGCCCUCCUGGAUAAGGAGAAGUGGGAAAGGGAGAACAUCAAGAAUAAG